AUGUCAGUUCCACCAACAACUUGGUCGCACUCGACCUCCCGCCCACCACCUUCGACCGCCUCUUCCUCCAACACCCCCAACAUACCCUCCUCAACCGCCCCUUCACUGCAACCCACAACUCGAGGCAUCGAUCUGGGCGGCUGGUCUGUCCGUGUCACCUCCGGUCCUAUUGGCUCUUCUGCCGAGAUGGACGCUCUGUCCGAUCUCUUAGGAAUUCCACCACCUGAAAUGGCAUUUCCUCACAACUCUCUUGUCCUGCAACACUCCGACUCUGGCUUCAGUUUAUGUCUCGACGCAGUCCGCACUCUGCGUUCCAUCGAAGGCGUCCAGCCUCAGAACAGGCUUUACGGUGUCGACUGCCGUGAAACCCCGUCAACUUCCAAAGGGUCUAGUGGGCUAGGCGCAAAGCCAAAGGCAAAGUCUUCUGGCGGAUCGAUCAAAGUCGCAUACGCUAAAGAAUGGGGGAAGAGCCGGAACGAGUUCGUCUCAUCCUCAACCACCUCUGCGGAAGGUGGAAAGGAAGAAGGGGGAUCGCACUUCGGCAGCAACACAGCAGACAUCACCGCAGCAAAAGAUUACGAUUGGACUUACAGCUCUACCUGGGCUGGUGCACUCAAUUCUACCUCUCCUCAACCGAUGUUGCCUACGCAAACAACACCAAGUCUCGCAGCUGGGCUGAAACCGCUCGAGUCGCCAAGCGAUGGGAAGGAGGAAUGGUACGAACCUGGCUCAGAUCCAGCAAGAGACAGAAUUCCAGUGGAGAGACUGGGCCCCUCGAGUGGAGAACCUAUUCUAUUUUACGAUGACAUAGUGCUGUAUGAAGACGAGCUGGCAGACAAUGGAAGCAGUAUAGUUAACGUUAAAGUAAGAGUUAUGCCCAGUGGAUUCUUGGUACUGCAACGAUUCUUUCUACGUGUUGACGACGUGUUGUUUCGAGUAUUCGACACUCGGUUGUACUGCGCAUUCCCACCUCCUCCUGUACCCAAACACAUCUCACAACCAAUCCCUUCCACCCUUCCAACAAACCUAAACCAACUCUUACUCGGAACACCACGCACCGCCAUAAAGCCAAAGGAUAACGACGUCACCAUGUCCACCAUCACCAACGAUACCACCUCAGACGAGGAAGAAGGCUACAUCCCGCGCCUAAUCCGCGAAUGUUCCGGCAGCGAAGCAUCCUAUUCGCUCGUCCGAUCCCAUCUUCCACUCUAUAAACCACACGAUCUGUCACCCCUAACAGACAUCAAUUGGGUCUAUAACACCUUAACUAAGAUCGAAAGGACUCGGUCGACGACGUAUCACGCGAAUAUAGCGAGGGGGCAACAGCUGCCGAGGUUAGGUGAUAAGGAUGCAACCGCGGGAGCAAAGUUUUUGAGUCCGAGUACACCCGCAGCGAGGUUCGCGGCGGGGAGGGUGGAUCUGAGUCCUGCUCAAGCACCUGUGGCGGUUGUGGGAGGAGAUGCAGGAGCGAGGAUUGUAGGUGAAGUAGCGGAACAAGGUGAGGCGAGGGAAGAAUGGGCUGGUUGUGGUGGGAGAGUUGAUGUUGCGGUUCUUAGAUCACAUUCUUAG